AUAUCACUCUUCAAAAUAUCUCCCAAUUUCUUUAGACACCAACAUGGCGUACUUUCUUCUAUUCUUGAGUCUUCUUCUGACGCAGGCGCCGUUUAGUGCUGCACAUGGACCCAAAUCGACAUCGCCGCUUCGAAAGACCACUAUAACGUAUGGUGCUGGCUCGAUGAUCGAGGAUCUGCAGACUCGAAAGGAUGUUUCAACGUAUCAAUUAGCUCGCCAUUCCAUGUCAUCCUUUCCACCAGAGACAGACGCUUCAAAGCCAUGCACAGACUGCUACAUCGUCGCCAUGCAAGCCGACCUCACCUAUCUUGAUGGUACUCCCGCAAAUUGGGAUUCUGGUGUCUGGCUACACCAUUUCAUGCAGUUCAACAACAAAGAGGUAGAUGCGGUCUGUGGUAAUAUGGCUGGAGAUCUAUUCUUCACUUCCGGCAAUGAGCGUCCUGAGUGGCGGCUGGACGAGCAUGGCCCCUGGGGCUACUAUGUCAGCAAAGACGCAGAGUGGACCAACGUUGUCGAGAUAAUGAACGAAUCGGGCGAAGACAAAGAAGUCCAGAUCUCCGUGCACUACGAAUGGAUUCCAAAGAAUAGUCCAGAAGGCAUCAAGUAUCACAAGGCGCAGCUACUUUGGACGAACAUAGGAGCACCAUGCGGAGAUGGCGAUGUUACUUUGGUCCCUGGCAUCUCCACAUAUGAUUCGGACUCAUGGACAUCCACUGUAGCAGGACGCUUGUUAGUGGCCAAGUCCCACGUUCAUGAUGGUGGACUUAACUCUACCUUGAGUCUCAAUGACCAGCACAUCUGCAUUUCAGAGCAAUCGUACGGGGCGAAUGCGAAUUUUGUUAGUUCUGAUGGGCUUGCCCACGUCUCAGGAGGUUCUCAGUGCAAGGAUCUCGGUAUCAUCAAAGUUGGCGAUAAAUUGCAAUACUCUGUAACGUAUGAUUCGGCUAAAGCGUUGAAACACGAUGGGAAAUACGACGACAUCAUGGGAGUAUCUUUCAUGUAUGUCGGCGAGGAGUAGAUGAUAUAAUAGGUAUGGAGUUUCUUCUGGGUGGUCAGACUUGUUCAGCGUUUCUUUCAGCGUGUGCCGG